CAAUGUGAACUGAAGGCAAGGAGGCGUCGUAGAUUUGCGUUUAACACCCGACCCAGGACGCAAGGGUUCGGGUUGUUGCCAACAACAUCACCAACAGUAACAACAACCGAGGCAACUUCGAUCUGUGCUCGGCGGAGCAGUUUUGGGAUCGUCUUCAUCGCUCAAAUUUCAGGUGAGCUCUAGCGAAAGUUCGACCGAGAAAUUGAGUACAAACCCGUGUCGUUAUCGUUCGCCAACGUUACUCAAUCCUGCGAUCAUUUCGUCACAACUGUCGUGUGCAGUGUUUUUGAGGAAUUUCUGGUGGACCAGAUCAAAUCAGGACAUUAAACGAGUCGGAAACUCGAUUCGAAAGGAAAACGAGACUUGCAUUUAGAAGAAGUGCGAAAGCAUCAUCAGUUAAUAAACAAAGCAGACCAGCGUUAGUCAGUUUGUUAGGGUGACCGGUUUGUUGGCGGAAAGAUUGUUUCGAGAAAAGGUGGUGCGUAACCCUUUCCGGCUUUCCAUCUUCGUAGAAUGCAUACCAACAAACGAAAGGUUUGAAGCAAAAGAGGGUCAAAAUCAAGGAAAAGGUGAUCAAGGCAACCAUGACGGUGAGUGUUGGGCCCCGAAGCUCUUCGCCCAUUAAUUUGGAGGUGGAUGCCCUGGAUGACUCUCUCGAUUUUGAACACCUCGUCCUGGAUGCCCAUGACAAAUCCAACGAGAGCACCGACUUACUCCUUCCCAGUAACGAGAAAUCGUUGUCAGAAGAUGGCUUCAUUCCGCCUGGCCUCUAUACCCGGGUCAAUUUGAACGAUUCCAUGGAUUCGACCCUGUCUUCCGAGCCCGCCCCUUCCAAGAUCCCAAUGCUAAUGGGCAUGAUGUUCGCCCUUUUGGCCAAUAUCUUGCUCGUUUUCAACAACUACAUAAUCCGAGGAUACCAUCUGAAUGCUGGUGAACUCAUUUUUGUGCGCGGAUUUAUGCAAGUACCAGUCUGUGUACUGAUUGCCAAAUGUCAGGGAUACGCCCUCAUUCCCAUGGAACGCUUCAUGAUGGUUUGGCUCAUUCUCCAAGGUCUGGGUUACUCAUUGAUGGUUUUUCUUUGCACCUUUGCCGUCCGUCUGAUGCCUGUCCAGGAGUUCAUCGUGCUCUGUUUCACUUCGCCUAUUCCAACCAUCAUAUUCUCUGUAUUAUUGCUCAAGGAACGCAAGGGCGUGGUGUUCAAGUGCUUACUCAUGCCAAUCCUGUUGGUUGGGGUCUGUCUUGUGGUCAAACCAGCAGUAUUUUUCCCCAAUUCCGAUCAAGACGGCGAGAGAUAUCCCCAAUUCACCCUUGGAGUGAUCUUGGUGGUUAUCGCCUCGAUUGCGAGCGGUAUCAGCAACGUGUGCGUGGCCAAGGCCAAAUCCGUUAACAGUUUUAUCUUGAUGAGCUACAUGGGCUUUGCCACCAUCUUGUUCUCCGUUAUCUUAUUGUUCGUACCCCUCCCGAACCGGAUUAUCCAUGAUUUCGCAAGCAUUCCGCAAAUCGAAUUGGCCAUGACCCUGACUUCAAACCUGAUCAGCAUUUCGGCCUCACUUUUUAUUGUAUUAGCCAACAAAAUGGCCACGCCCACUGUUACGAGCAUGUUUAGGAGCACCGAGAUCCCCAUGGUGGUCGUGAUUGAGCUUUUCUGGUUCCAUAUUUAUCCGGACUUGUUGUCUAUUAUUGGCUCGUCUUUGGUGAUUGGCUGCGUUCUUCUAGUCCCGCAUGCGAUCACCAUAAGCUCGUGGUUCACCAGUCCUACAUUGCUUUACCGGAAGAAGAGCUCCAUCCUGGAAAACAGUGUUUAGUCUGAAUUUCAAAGAUGCCCUUUUAGAAUUGAUUUGUAUAGUUCCCAAGGAAUACACUUUUGCCUAUCGAA